AUGCACUUUGAAUAUACUUGUGUGACAGGAGAACUUAUCCACAUGAGUACACAUCUGCUAAAAUUAGACGAAAUUCCUUCUUUUGGAAAAGGUGAAAGAUCUCGUUUGCGUCAAUGGAAUAUAGCUAUUUCACAUAUAGAAGAUGUGGAUAAUGAUGACUCACAUGAAAAGAAUAACGUGUGUAAUUCAGACACGAAUGCAAGUGAUGAGACUAGUGCAAGCGAAGAAGAUUGGAAGAUCAUUCAAAUUAAAAUUAAGAGAGACGUUGAAAACCGGAUACUAGAUGAAGCCAAAAAACGAGCCUUCAAUUUUGAUAAAUACAGAAAAAAAAGAAAAUUUCUCAAUUUUGAAAAAAUCUUUAAAAAAAAAAAGAAAAGAACAUGA